UCAUUUAGGCCAGUGAUAAAACACUCCAAGCUAAUAAUGCAGGUGUGUGUCGCUUGUGUGACCAGCAAUUUUAUUUAGUAGGACAGCUUGUGUAUGCUGCAUGACCAUGUCAAGAAAGAAAUUCUACAUUACUAGUAGCGGUUGUAAUUUCUAACAUCAUUGUUAUAGCUCACUAACUUUCCUUGUACCACUACCAGUCAUGUUAGGAGUUUUCCAGACGUCACAAAAGCUGAGGACGUCGCUGAGACUCCUGUCCAGAGCGGGACUCCCACCUGUUGACCUCCAGGUGCAGCUUCUUCGCAGGGGCCGCUGUCCACAAAGUGCGACCUUCGCCCGUGAGCUUCACCUUGGACCUGAUGGACCCGCGUCGUCCCCGGCCACUGCUCCACGGAGGCUGCCUUUCUCCAGGGUAGCUGUGGAGGAUUUGACCUUUUUCAGGAAGACACUGCCAGGCAGGGCCAUCACUGACCCGGACCUGGUACAGUCCAGUAAUGAGGACUGGCUGAAGUCGGUGAGAGGGUCAAGUGAAGUGUUGCUGAGACCUCAGACAACACAGGAAGUGUCACAAAUUCUCAGUUACUGUCACAGUCGCAACCUGGCAGUGAACCCUCAAGGAGGUAAUACUGGUCUAGUCGGCGGCAGCGUGCCUGUGUAUGACGAGAUCGUCCUCUCCACCUCUCUCAUGAACAGCAUACUUUCCUUUGAUAAAAUCUCUGGUAUUCUGACCUGUCAGGCAGGUUGUGUGUUGGAGAACUUGUCCCUCUACCUGGAGGAGAGAGACCACAUCAUGCCACUGGAUCUCGGAGCAAAGGGCAGCUGCCAGAUCGGGGGCAACGUGGCGACCAACGCAGGCGGUCUGCGGCUGCUCCGAUACGGCUCCCUGCACGGGACUGUGCUAGGCCUUGAAGUUGUGCUGGCAGAUGGUCAGGUGCUGGACUGUUUGUCCACGCUGCGGAAGGAUAACACAGGAUACGACCUCAAACAGCUGUUCAUUGGCUCAGAGGGCACUUUGGGCGUCAUCACUGCGGUCUCCAUCCUUUGCCCUCGAAAGCCAAAAUCCGUCAAUGUUGUUUUCCUGGGCUGUGAAACCUUUGACCAGCUGCUGAAAACCUUUCAGCUCUGCAAAGGCAUGCUGGGAGAAAUCCUGUCAGCCUUCGAGUUCCUGGAUAGUGAGUGUAUGAGGCUGCUGAACACACACCUGAAGCUGGCCAAUCCCAUCUCUGAUUGCCCCUUUUACAUCGUCAUCGAAACAUCUGGAUCUGACUCAGACCACGACUCGCAGAAGCUCCACAACUUUUUAGAGGAAGCAAUGACGUCGUUAUUAGUUACAGAUGGUACUGUAGCAACCGAGGAAUCAAAAAUAAAGACGCUGUGGUCAAUGCGCGAACGUGUCACCGAGGCGCUGACUCACGACGGCUUCACCUACAAGUACGACAUCUCCCUUCCGGUGGAGCGGAUCUACCAGCUGGUGACGGACAUGAGGCAGCAUCUGGGAAAGCGAGCCAGGAGCGUGGUGGGAUACGGACACGUUGGUAAGACCAUGGGACGGGAGGAUGAGUCGGGAGGUCUUCCGUUCUAUUCUCACCCUUCCUCUCACUUCCCCCCUGCAGGUGACGGCAACCUCCACCUUAAUGUCACCUCUUCUGCAAAGGAUCCCGCCCUGCUGGCGUCCAUUGAGCCGUUCGUCUACGAAUGGGCGGCCAAGUUUCAGGGCAGCAUCAGCGCAGAACACGGACUGGGCCUUAAAAAGAGGAAUUACAUCUAUUACAGUAAAUCAAGGCCAGCUGUGGCCAUCAUGGGUAAAAUGAAGACGUUGCUGGACCCCAAAGGAAUCCUGAACCCGUAUAAGACUUUACCAGAUGAUCUAAAGUGAGUUUAGAUGGAAAUAUUCCAGAAGCCAUCCUUCACAGGUUAUCGUCUGCAAUCUUCUUCGUACGUUUGUAGUUCAGAGCUGCCACCUUUGCACUAAAACAACAAUGAGAUCUUUUUGGUAAAAUUGUUGCAGUCUAACAUUCACUUUGACUUGCUUAGGUGUGGCUUUUAAAAAGGACAAGGCAGACCUUUCAGUGUGGCUCAGAAAGAAAAGAAACUUAAUUAUGCAUGUUAGUGAAACCUUUUGGCUUCCACUAGAGGGCCAUCAUGAUGCACCAGAGUAGAGCGAUCAGCAUCGGAUAACGUCCUACAGGUUUGCGUUUGCUUCAGAUGGAAGUGGAAUGAAACUGAGCAAAGCUUAGACACUAAUAUUGUAAUAAUCAGUUAAUUGUCAAGCAAGAAUGCAGUAAAUGUUUUAUUACAUGUAAAAAAAAAA